AUGGAUAUUAUAAGAGGAAACUUGGAUGGAAUUUCACGACCAGCGUCAAAUUCAAGAAUUCAUCCAGAGAGCAGAACUUCAAGUGCUUCUUUGGAAGUCCUGACACCAGAACCAGUGUCUAUUAAGGUUGAUACUUCAAUCAACUUGAACAGUACUAGCCAGCAGAGCAAUAGAGAAAAUUACAGUUUCAGGGAAAAUAGAAGCAUUAAUGGUAAGAAGAAACAUGAUACUCAGAAAGUUGACCACAGUUUACAUGAACAGAUCAAGACUUCUUGCACUGAGUAUUCAGGAAUACUAGUAGAACUUAAUGCCAGUCUGAUUGCUUCAGAAGAUGAAUAUGAAGUUCAGUAUUUCACUCUCUUUGAUAUGCCUCAGGAUAUCCUAAGCCAAGCGAAAGAAGAUGUUUCUAAAAUAAAGGAAUUGGAUCUUCAGCUUCAGGAAGCUGUUAAAAAGAUGAAAAGACUCGACAAACUAUUGGUGGAGAAACAAUUUAAAGAAAAAGAAAUUAAAAAGCAAGGCCAAGAAAUGAGAACAAAGCUGUGGGAAGAACUUCGGGCUAUCAAAAAUUAUGAUGCCAUACAAAGUAAUGAGGAGAUGGAAAAUACCAAAAAAUUUGUGACUUUGGCUACCUCUUCAGAAGGGACAACUGAUUCUUCUCACCUGGAACAAGAGGAGCCCUUUGUUUCCGUGUUUCACACACAAAUUCCUCCUGAAGAGUAUGAAAACUGUAUUGAGCAAGCCAGGCAAGAGGCUGUAUAUCAAAGUGAAAGUAAUAAAUCAUUGAUCAAACCAGAAAAAAAGCCACAGAGAGAAAACUAUGGUGAACUCAAGGGUAAAAAAAAUCAGGAUUUCAUUAAGAGAAAUAUAGAGCUGGCCAAGGACUCAAAAAGUGUAGUCUUUAUGAUGGAUAAAGAAAAACGAAGAUUGAUUGAAUUAUUAAAGGACAUAGAUGAUGGGGAAGAUACACUUCCAAGUACUGAGGAUGGUGGGUCUGCCUGGCUCAUACCAGAAAAAGGAUAUAUGUCUGCAGCACAUAUAGAGCGUGAGCAACUAGCUCAAAUAGAUUCCAAACUACAAGAACGGUUCUUUUUAACUUCCUUGGGGUUAUCCAAUGAUUUUUCAGGAGUGGACAAUCAGACUGGUCAGGAGGAGACUGCUCUUAAUGAUAAUACACAAGUGAAAGUGACUCCUGGGGAUAAGGCACUUCGAAACACCAAAGAGCACCGGGAAGAAAAGAAUCGGCUCAAAGAGAUAGAUCAGCAGCUGAGAGAGUUGGAGGAAGAUUCUGUGAAAACACCACAAAUUCUCUCUGAAGAGCAGCUGAAAACUCUGCUAGAGGAAUGCAUAUUGGAGCAAAAAUCAGAAAAGGAGAGCCGAGAUGCUGAUGGAAUACAGGCUGAAUCCAUCCAGCCUUCCAUAUCCUUCAUCUCUCAGUUGCUAAAUAUGUCACCAGAUCUCAGCAGUCCUGAGGUUGGGAAUGAUGAUAUCCUUGAAAACGGAGAAUGUGAAACACCCGGCUAUUAUCUCACCAAAGCACUGGGUGGCCAGCAUUACAUAGAAGAAUUUUUGGUCGCUGAGACAAAGGAAGAGGAGAGUCCCAGGCCUUUGGGGGAUGUAGCUAGUAGUGACGUAGAAGGUUACUUUAUGUCGAAAACCCUUGGCAUUGGAAGGCUGAAGAGGCCUUCUUUCUUAGAUGAUCCUGUAUACUGUAUCAGAGGCCCAUCAUCUGAAGACGAGCAGCUGAAAUUGAUUGAUUGUUCCACUGAAAGUUCAUCGAAGCCUGAUGAAUUAACGAUAGAAGACAAGACAGAAGAGGAAGAAAGAGACUCCUAAGGAAAACAAGUUGCUAGGAUUUACUUUAGACUAUUAGUUAAUCCAGUUAAAAGUCAUGCUUUUCUCCCCUGUAUAAUUGACUUACUGAAUCAUUGAAUUCAGUGAAGGCACCCUUCAGUGAUGAAUGUAUUGGU